AUGGCGACAACUCUCAGCUCAACCUCCCCACCAGAAAGCAAGCUCAUGCUUGAAAAAGCUACAGUCGAAGAUAUACCCGCCAUUGAGUCCAUGGUCAAUGCCGCCUAUUCAAAAUAUAUUGAGCGCAUUGGCAAGCUACCAGCUCCUAUGACAGAAGACUGGGACCAAGCGGUCCGCACACGUGAAAUUCUCGUCCUGAGAGAUAAUGAACGGACCGUGGGCUCUAUCACCAUCCAUGAGGACGAGCAGACCACCUCGCUCAAAAUUGACAACGUCGUAGUCAAUCCGGGAGAGCAGGGUCGAGGUUACGGAUAUCAUAUGAUCAAGUAUGCGGAAGUGGAAGCUUUAAAUAAGGGGCUGUCUAGUGUGACGUUGUUCACCAAUGUGAAGAUGUUCGAGAAUAUCGGGUUCUAUGCAAAACUGGGGUUUGUGGAAACGGAUCGGAGAAUGGAGGACGGGUUUGAACGCGUAUAUUUCUAUAAGAAUCUUAGUUAG